AUGCCACCAAAAGCUGCGGAGGACGCUUCGACGGAUCAGACCGGCGUCGCUAUGGACGUGAAAUACCUCCUCACGAUCAUGGAGCAGAUGAGUGGAGACAUUGACUGGGAGGCGGUCGCGAAGAAAUGCGACCUCGUUUCGAAGGGAGCGGCGCAGAAGCGGCUGUACCGCAUGAAGAUCAAGUAUGGAUUCGACGACAAGAAGGCCGGAGACGCUCAGGACACGCCGAAGAAGAAGAAGGGUGCCUCUAAGGGACCGGCGAACAAGAAGCGUAAGGUCGACGAGACAACAGCCGACGACGGUGCGGACGAAGAGGCGGAGACUGUGAAGGAUGAGGUUGAAGAGGUAGAUUACUUUGUUCCGGGUUUAAGGACCGUCGUACUAACCAGCUUUGCAGGACUAGAGCCAGCAAACACACCGCGCACGUCGGAAAGCAUCCACGGCGGGAACCUGACCAACGCAUUCCGUCUGUGA